GUUAAGAAUUUCUGGAGUAGCAGCAGCGCCGGGUCACGAGCGGAGGUGCUCUUAGCGGUGUUGUUUCUCGAGCAGCAGCAGUUCUCACUACAGCGCCAGGACCAGUCCUGUUCGUGUUCGUCCGCGGAGAUCUCUUUCAUCUCGCUCGGCUGCGGGAAAUCGGGCUGAAGCGACUGAGUCUGUGAUGGAGAGAGAAAAGGAACAGUUCCCUAAACUCUUUAUUGGCGGCUUGAGCUUUGAAACCACAGAAGAAAGUUUGAGGAAUUACUACGAACAAUGGGGAAAACUUACAGACUGUGUGGUAAUGAGAGAUCCUACAAGCAAAAGAUCAAGAGGAUUUGGUUUUGUAACUUUUUCAUCCAUGUCUGAGGUUGAUGCUGCCAUGACUGCCAGACCUCAUUCUAUCGAUGGAAGAGUGGUUGAGCCAAAACGUACUGUAGCAAGAGAGGAAUCUGGAAAACCUGGGGCUCAUGUGACUGUGAAGAAGCUGUUUGUUGGUGGGAUUAAUGAAGAUACUGAGGAACAUCAUCUUAGAGAUUACUUUGAGGAAUAUGGAAAAAUUGAUACCAUUGAGAUAAUUACUGAUAGGCAGUCUGGGAAGAAAAGAGGCUUUGGAUUUGUUACUUUUGAUGACCAUGAUCCUGUGGAUAAGAUUGUGUUGCAGAAAUACCAUACUAUCAAUGGUCAUAACGCAGAAGUGAGAAAGGCUUUGUCCUUUCUCAGGAAGUACAAAAUGCAGGAAGUACAAAGUUCUAGAAGUGGAAGAGGAGGAAACUUUGGUUUUGGGGACUCUCGUGGUGGUGGUGGAAAUUUUGGACCAGGACCCGGAAGUAACUUUAGAGGAGGAUCUGAUGGGUAUGGAAGUGGUCGUGGAUUUGGGGAUGGUUAUAAUGGGUAUGGAGGAGGACCUGGAGGUGGCAAUUUUGGAGGUAGCCCUGGUUAUGGAGGAGGAAGAGGAGGAUUUGGUGGUGGAGGACCUGGAUGUGGCAACCAGGGUGGGGGCUACGGAGGUGGUUAUGACAACUAUGGAGGAGGAAAUUAUGGAAGUGGAAAUUAUAAUGAUUUUGGAAACUAUAACCAACAACCUUCUAACUAUGGUCCAAUGAAAAGUGUAAACUUUGGUGGUAGCAUGGGGGGACCAUAUGGUGGAGGAAACUAUGGUCCAGGAGGCAGUGGCGGAAGUGGGGGUUAUGGAGGGAGAAGCCGAUAUUGAGCUUCUUCCUAUUUGCCAUGGGCUUCACUGUAUAGAGGAGAGGAUGAGAGCCCAGAGGUUAACAGACCAGCUUCAGGUUAUCGAAAUAAUAAUGUUAAGGAAACUCUUAUCUCAGUCAUGCAUAAAUAUGCAGUGAUAUGGCAGAAGACACCAGAGCAGAUGCAGAGAGCCAUUUUGUGAAUGGAUUGAAUUAUUUAAUAACAUUACCUUACUGUGGAGGAAAGAUUGGAAAAAAAUGCCUUUGAG